AUGGCUGAUGUGCACUUGUGGAAAGUGGAAGAAAAUGGGAAAAUUAAGUCAAGUGCGAUUUGGAACGUUAUUCGGGAAAGAGGUCAAAUUGUAAGUUGGGCUUCACUUGUGUGGUCCUUGAAAAUCAUUCCGAGACACCGGUUUAUUUUUUGGUUGUCUUUCCGUGGUAGACUUAGUACCCGUGAUCGUAUUCGUGCUUAUAUGGAUAUUCCGGACGCCAAUUGUGUUCUUUGUAGUGGAUUUGCGGAGUCCAUUGAUCAUCUUUUGGGUGGCUGUUUUUUUGCUAGGUCUAUUUGGAAUCUUUUUACUGUAGCCAUGGGAAUUUGUGAGUUUGCUGCCAUUGUUUAUCAUUUAUGGGCUGAGAGAAAUGCUAGAGUCUUUGGUAGAGUUCGUCGAAACGUUGAUCAUGUGUUGAGCGACAUUGUAUUUGAUUGUGGUGCGCUAAUUAGAACGUGGAGACGGGUUCCUAAAGGCGGGCGGGAAUGGGUCCUUUGUCACGAAUGA